AUGGCUAAACAGCAAGCCCUCGCCGCAACAAUGAGAAAUUUGGAGCGUCAAAUGGGACAUCUUGCCAGUGUUCAAAACACUAGAUCAGCUGGAGCUCUUCCAAGUGAUACUGAGCCCAAUCCUAAAGCUCAAGUCAAUGCAGUUACCUUGAGAAAUGGAAGAGCACUAGAAGAAGUUCCAAAGAAAAAGAAGAAUACAAAUCAUCCUGAAGGAGAAUUAGCUCCCAAGCCAGUUGAGGGGAAUGAGAAAGAUGAUAAAGGACCCAAGCCAGUAAUUGAGACUAGGCCAUCACCUCCGUUUCCACAAAGACUGCAGAAGCAAAAAGAUGAUGCUAAGUACAAGAAAUUCCUAGAUAUUUUGAGCCAGGUGAGUGUGAAUCUGCCUUUGGUGGAAAUUUUUAAGGAAGUGCCUAAGUAUGGAAGGUAUCUCAGAGAUAUUGUGGCAAACAAACGAAGACAUGCAGAGUUCGAAACAGUUGCACUUACUGAAGAGUGCAGUGACAGAGUUCAGAGUAAACUUCCUCCUAAGUUGAAGGAUCCUGGAAGUUUCACAAUUCCUUUGUCUCUUAGAAAACAAGAAGUUGGUAGAGCCCCGUGUGAUUUGGGGGCUAGUAUAAAUUUGAUGCCAUCCUCUUUGUUCAAGCAACUCGGAUUGGGGGUGCUUAUACCUAAUACAAUCACUUUACAGCUAGCAGAUAGGUCACUAGUCAUGCCCGAAGGAAUUAUUGAGGAUGUGUUAGUUCGAGUGGGAAAGUUUAUUCUUCCUGCUGAUUUUAUUGUUCUUGAUUACAAGGUAGAUGAGGAAAUGCCCAUUAUUUUGGGGCGACCAUUCUUAGCUACUGGUGGAGCAAUUAUUGAUGUGAGAGCAGGGAAGUUAAAAAUGAGAGUUGACGAUGAGGAGGUCACUUUUAAUGUGUACAAGGCACUUAAGCUUCCUAAGCAUUAUGAGGACUUGUGCAUGAUUACUGUGGUAGAAUCGAAGGAGAUAAAGCAGAGUCCUUAUGUGAAUUAUAGUGAUCCAGAUGGGACAACUGAGUUAAAUGAGGUGGUAUUUCCAGCUGAGCGUGUUAAGAUAAUUGAGAAAAGAACCAGAGAUGAAAGAGGAGACCUUCCGAGUGCGUGCAAAAAGGCUAGACUUCAUGGGAGAAAGAAGAAGAGAAAGCGCCCAGCCUGA